UGAGGGGGAAGAUUGGCGAGCCGCUGUGUGGAUGGAUAUCCCUUCACCUGGACCGUGGACAGGUGGGCCGGCGAUGAGCGGAGCUCGCGGAUGGUGCGGGCGGGCGCCGGGCGAAGUGUGACCCGGUUUCCUUGUUCAGUACCUGCGUGGGGAGAGGAGGUACGUGCGGAGCCGUGUCCUUAUUACCAAGCCGUACUUCGUUCCGCUAGCUAGCUAUGACGUUUCAACUGGUGUCGGGCUGCGUGGCUGUGUGCGGAUAACACCUGCGGCGUACGCGGGGAGACAGGCGAUUUUCACCCGCGUGGAUUCAGCCAUGAGAAAUGGAAUGUUGCCGAGAGGGAAGUAGUCGUGAACGGAGAGACGGUGUGACGUAAGAUCCGAAAACACUCUCCCCCCAUCCUUCGCCUCCUCCAAAGAAGCCGUUUUGCCAUGCAGAGCGUUUCUCUGUAAGAAAAUUAAAGAAACAUCGAUCCACUAGUGCAGCCGGCGAGGACGCAGGGAGAAUAAUACCGGGGACUAUUGUUGGCGGGACGUACCCGUGUUGUUCACGUCACAAGCCAUGUCUGCCUUACGGGAACACCUGUGUUGGUCGCGGUGUGUCGUGUGGUGGGUGACAGCCUUAGCCAUGGCGGUCAGCAUCUCUACCUUCGCGCAGGAGUCGCCCCCCGACGAGAGCAUGCUGACUCUCGGCGCCGUGUUUCCGCAAGAGAACGUCUCGGAGUUCCGGCUGACCAUGGAGCGCGCCAUCGAGGACUACAAGAACGACUACCCGAACAUCAGCGUCAACCCUCUGACGGUAACUCCCGGUAACAACCCGCAGGAGAUGCUGAAUGAAACGUGCGAGUCUUUAGCCGGGACGAACAUAGCUGCUCUACUGGUGGUGGGGGAAGCCAGGACAUUCCAGAUCCUGUCCCUCUACGGCGCCCAUCUUGGCAUACCUGUGGUAGGAAUCAGCCUGAAAUACCUUUCUUCGCCCCAAAAGUUGGACAUCCCGUUGGUUGUACGGUUGGAGCCGGCAUUCGGUCAUCAGGCCCACGCCAUCGUCACCCUACUGGAGCGGAACGUUCUGUACAGCUUCGCCGCCUUGGUCAUCGGCCAGACCUCUAUGGACUACGAGUUCAUGGCCAAACUGGACAACCUCACAUCCGGGGUACACUGGCAGGCCUCCAAGAAGAUCUCUCUCGCGAGAGAUGACGAGAAUUUGAGUCGUCACCUGAUGAACUUGAAGCAGAGUAACUGCAGGGCGUUUGUUCUACAUGGGUCUCCUAGUGAUGUCAGAAGGGUGUUUCGUGAUGCUAAAACUCUGGGCCUCACAGGCUCCAACCAUGCCUGGAUCCUCACACAAGCUGCCGUCACCACAUCCCAGCACGUACUGGAGGACUACCCCGUAGGAGCCGUUGCAGUGAGGUACAGCGACGACACCCUCACUGACAAAAUCUACGAUGGCACGUUUCUCCUAAUGGACUCCUUCAAUAAAGUCAAUAGAGAUUACAACGGGAACGGAGCUUUGCAGCGCAGGAAGAGCUGCCAUAACGCUUCGGACAGCUACAAGUUCGGAUCGGAGGAUUUUUACAAACACGUGCUGAACACCAAGACGCGCAGCAGGGGCAGUCUGAUCCAGUUUGAUCAGAACGGGAUGUCCACCCGAGCCACGUACGACCUGUUAGACCUGAAGAGAGAAGACGACGGCCACAUGGUGUGGACCACCGUCGGACAAUGGGACGACGGCACGCUUCGGCUCAAGUCGGGCGCCGGUGACAACCUGGUGCUGUUCGCCGGCAGCCUCGGGAAGAAGCGCAUCGUCACGAUCGCCGAGAAGCCGUUCACCUACGUCACGCCUCUCCUGGACUCCCAGCAUCCCUGCAACUCUCGCGUGAAGUGCCUGAUCCCCGUGGGCAACAGGACGACGCACAAGUUCACCAUCGAGACGACGGACGACGACAACUUGUACCAGUACGACGACACCAACUCCACCUACAUCAUCAAGUGCUGUGAGGGGCUGGUGGUGGAUCUCAUGGAGGCCAUCGCCACGGAUCUGGGGUUAGAGUACGAGCUGUACCACGUAGCGGACUCCAAGUACGGGUCGAACGUGAACGGCACGUGGAACGGGAUGGUGCGGGACUUGAUGGACGGGAACGCCGAGAUGGCCAUCGGGCCGAUCAGCGCCACCAUGAACCGUUACGACGUCAUUGACUUCACGGAGCCGUUCGCCCACUCCGGAAUCGGCAUCAUCGUGGCUAAACGGACGGACAGUCCCCGGCUCACUUGGUUCCUAGAAACUUUGCGCUGGGACAACUGGCUGAUGACCUUCGUGACCCUUCACUUCGUGGCUGUCGUCAUCACCAUCUUUGAGUGGUUUAGCCCGUACGGACUCCAUCCUAGGGGAAGGGGCAGGAAUUCAAACUUCGGCUUCCCGUCGGCCCUGGUCAACGUGUGGUCCAUUCUCUUCUCCCACACCGUCUACACCAAACCACCAAAGAGCUGGAGCAGCCGAUGGGUCAUAAACUUCUGGGGAGCGUUUUCUUUCAUCUUCCUGGGGAGUUACACGGCCAACCUGGCGUCAUUCAUGGUGGCACAGGACCAGUACUACAACCUGGCGGGGCUGCACGACCAAAGGUUGAUUAGCGGUCCGCUGCUCUACGGCGUUGCCAGAGGGACGAGUAUAGAGACGUAUCUGGAGGAGAGAACUCUCCUGACGAAAAAGAAGGACCGCUUCAUUCCAACGAAUAUCACGGAGGGGGGAAUCCGCCAGCUCAAAAAAGGCGAGAUCGAUGCUUUUUUCGCCGGUUCCAAUCUGUUGGAGUAUCACAUCGCUAACGACCCUGAGUGUGAGAUAGUCAAAGUCGGGAAUGUGGCCGCCGCGGAGGGAUACGCCUUUGGGGUUCGAAAAGGCUCUGCCCUGAAGGACCCUGUGUCGUCCCUGAUCCUGCACUACUCCAGUAACGGUUAUCUGGACGAGCUGACACAGAAGUGGUACUCUACAGGGAGCUGCCACAAGAAGAAGCGGGAUCCAAACGAAGAAAAGCGCCAGCUGGGGGUUAAGCACGCAGAGGGUUUGGCCCUUUUCAUGAUCGGUGGGAUCGGUCUGUCUAUGAUCGUACUGGUGCUGGAGUACGCCGUGUACUUCUGCGUCCUGCCCUGCCUGAAGAGACGGAGAUGUAAGAGGUGGAUGCCCGUCAGCCAGAGACUCCAUCGCGCGGUGAACAAGGACGACUUGGCGGGGCCAAAGUCUGCUCUUAAAGAAAUGGCCAACAUCGUGAAGAGGGGCCAGUUUUACCUCAUGUUCGAGAAGGACACUUUAAUCAAACUCAGGCAGCAGCGAGCUCCCUCCUUCGCGCCUCAAAACCAACAAACCCAGAGGCGGGACGUCAGCGUCCAGACGCCUGCCAAGGUGGAGUGUUUUGAUGUCCGGACGUACUCAACGGAACGGAAGAUCUUUCCGGACGCCUGUUCGGACGGUUCCGGAUCCUACGACAUGUCUACGUCGGACGAGGAAAAGAACAUGGAGUCCAAGAAAAUUUCCGCUGCGGACAUGGGCGAUUCCAAGGGGACGAGGCUCGACUUUAGCGUCGGGCAUGACGUUUUCCCGACGGCCAUGCUACACCACGAUGGCUGCGGGACGCUACACAAGUGUUACACUCCGGGCGGAGACCUCAAACUCACCCCAAACGGAAACAUCUUUGCGCGGAGUCCUCAGUACGAGAAACAACCCUCCCUCGCCACCGACGCAAGAAGGCCCAUUUAUGCUAAGAUCCUCCCCACCCUAAGAGGCAGCCUGUCGAAGUCUUCCGAAAAUGUGACUCUAGAGAAUGUCGAUACCCAGUGGAAUCAGUUCUCGUUUCCAGACAGGCAAACCGAAAAUACAAACCCUCCCGCCAACCCCUCAACCAACUCCCUGAGACCACCCGAACUGCAGCCGCUAGGGGCCGCUUGUGCACACUCGCCGCCGCACACGGCGCCCGAGUCGUCCGAGACAGGCGGGGCGAAGUUCACGUUCGACGCGCGGGAGCUGUGUUCUCUGGACGACGACCCCAUGCCCACCACAGACAUCAUGCUGAGAUGGCAGAGCGCCGAGCUGCAGCUUCGAACCGCGCUCAGAGAAAACGUCACGCUAAAGAGAAAACUGAGACAAGCGCGACAUUCGGUGCACAACUGCCCACACUCAACGACUCUCUGGUAGCAAAAACAGCCGGAGAUAUUCGUGGUUCUAAUGCUUUACUGUGAAACUGCGUCGUCUCUUUGACUUCCAUCGUUUUCAGGCAGUGCACAAGUACAUUGUGUAAAUACUUGGACCAUCCGUUUGACUUUCACGAUCUAUACCUCUUGUCAGAGUUUGUAUAUCUGCUAAACUCCGAAGGUAGAAAGAAAAUACAUACAGUUAACAACAACAUUAU